AUGAUUAUAUAAUAAAAUGAAGAAUAGGAAAUAUAUUAACAAUAAGACUCAAAUGAUACUGAAUAAAAACUAAAAAGUUCAUAUGUAUCAAAUGAAUAUGUAGAAGCUGGUAAUAAUAGUCCUCAAAAUUCAGUUGAUCUUAAAUAGUUAUAAGCACCUUAAAUAAAUUAAAUUCCUAAAGUAAUGGUAAAUGCAAGCAGUUAUUAAUCUAUACCAAUGAGUUCUUAAUUUAGAUAUUAAGAUGAUUAACAAUCAUAAAAGAUGAAAACAGGACCCAGUGAUUAAUCCAAAAUAACACCAGGUUAUACUAAAUACAUGAUAGAAGAAUCAAAUUAAUAAUAUGAUUAUGUAAGAGGAAUGUUCACUGAAGAUGAAAUUAAAGAGGCUUUUAAUGUUUUAGAUAUGAAUAAAGAUGGUGGCAUUACAUCUGAAGAUUUAUCAUUCUUUUUAGAUUUUAUUGGAGAAAAGGCAACUUCUGAAGAAAUUGAAGAAAUGAUAAGAAUGUGUGAUAAAGAUGGAAGUGGAGAAGUUAAAUUUGAAGAUUUUAAGAAUUUAGCUGGAGGAUGGUCUUUACCAACAUUAGGUUAAGCUCAUCCACCAACAAAAGAAUUAGUAGAAAAAAGAACAUAAAUCAAUCAAACUAUGAUGGAAAAAGAAGUUUAAGAGGUUGCUAGAAAAGGAAAGAUAACUCCUUAGAUGGUUGAAUAAAUUAGAAAAAAUGAAUUAACUAGUCCAAGAUUUGGUUAAGAUGAAUAAUCUAAACUGAUGUUUUAAUCAAUUAACAACAUAGCAUCUUAAAAAAAAUAAAGAUAAGUUAUUGGAUAAAAUUUAAAAGUUAUUCGAUCUGAUGAAGGUUAAAUUACUUAAUAAACUAAAUAAAAAUCAUCUUUAAGUUAAAGAGAAAUUAUGCUCUAAAGAAAAAAUAACUCUGCAAGAUUUGUAAAAGAAAAGAAAAUUGAUCAAGCUUAUAUAUUAGAUGUUUUUGAUAAAAUUAAUAAACUUGAUAUUAUGGAAUCAUGUACUUAUGAAGAUUUCAUUCAUUAUUUGGAUAUUUUAGAUAGUAAAAAUAAAAUAUAUUUAAGAUCAUCAAUCAAAAUUAUUAUUCAAUUCCAUGAAUGAAAAUCCAGUCAGAGAAGAAUAUGUUAAAAGUUCAGAUAAUGUAAUUGUAGAUCAAACUGUUAAUUUAAAAAAUACUCUUCUAACAUUAUUGGGUUAAACAAACUGUCGAAAACAUGAUAAACUUGAAAUAGCUUAUUUAUUAUAAGAUUCUAAUUAGCAAGGAUACAUUUUUUUAGACGAUUUGAUUUCUUUACUUGUAAAUUUAUAUUGCAUUUCAGAAGUUGGAAUAAUUGAACAAAAAAUAUUAAAAAUGACUGCGAAGAAGGGUUUGAAAAAUAGAAAAGAUACAAUUAAAAAGGAUAUUUAUAUAAGUAUGGUUAAUGAAUACGGAUAAGUAUUUGAACCGAUUUGACAG